AUGGCCAGUGGCGGCGUCAAGCGAUCGCUCUUCAGCAAGCCCGCGUGGGCGGCGGCGUCUACAAAGGGCACAAAGUCCGACGCAAGCAAAGAGGACGGCGGUUCGAUCUUCGGGCGCAAUGUCGCCUACGACGAAAUCUUGAGGGCACAAAAAGCAGAACGAGAGCGGAAGGCUGCCAAAGCAAAGGCACGGAGCGAGAGGCAGAAGAGCAAGGAAGCGAGUGAGGGUCCUCCUGAGUGGAAGAGGCGGAGGAUCUCGACCGAGCUGGACGAUAACUCGGACACCGAUGGGGCCAAGAAGAAGAAGAAGAGUCGAGACAAGCCCGUGAUGACGAGGAGUACGCCGUCGGAAGGAGGAAAACCGCACACAGAUGAAUUGGAUGCCCCGGCGCACAGUCCGCAUUCUAGUCGUAAGGACAGUGGAAAGGCCACCGUUCUCAACCGGGACCGAGAUGGGGACGGUGAAGACGACGAGCUAAUCAUGCUCACGCCUCCGAAGGUUCUGGAUGCUACGCUGAAGGGGGGGAAGAUGAAGAAGAAGACGACGACGCCCAACCCGGAGGAUGGCCUCGACGAUGAACAAACGUCGUCAGAAGAAGACGAAUACCUCCGCCAAUUGAAGCAAAAGGCGCGCGAAAAGGCUCGACAACAGCGUGAUCAUCUAGGUGAUGCCACGAGGCCACAUACGCCCAGUAGUCGAGGAAAUUCAGCAGCGUUUGAACACAACCACCAGCGCUCCUUGUCCGCUGCAAAAGAUCAUUCACCGCGCUUCGCUUCCACAACUCCCACUUCUGCUGCGUCUUUCAAUACCCCGAAAGAAACACCCGCACCUGCACUUGCCCCAGCCCCUGCCCCGGUACAAGAAGAGGACCCGGAGGUCAAAAUCCUCAUCUGUUCCGAGAUCCACGGCACGAAGCCUCUAAUCGUGAAGCGCAGGGCGUCGCAAUCCCUCAAACAAGUCAAAGAAUUCUGGUGCCGGAAAUUCGAGCUCGAUGAGAGCGUGGCCCGCCAGGUCUUCUUCACUUGGAAUGGCACGCGACUGUUCGAUUCGACGACAAUGCGUGGGAUCCUUCGAAACUUGAAGAAGGAGGCCUGGCAGAAAGGCAGGACCAAGUAUGCGAACCUGGUCGACGCAGAUGACUUUGACGAAAACAGCGCCCAGGAUCCGAGUAACGGGAAUAUCGUGGUCGAGGCGAUGACACAGGACAUGUACGACCGCCGACAACAGAGACAACAAGACGGCACCGCCGACUCGGAUCAGCAAGAUCACGACCAAGAUCAGCACGGGCGGGCCGAAGAGCAGGCUCCGACUCAACCGGACAUGAACGCAGGGGCGAUCAUAAUUCGUUUGGUUUCCAACAACAAAGAUCUCGAGCCCAUGCAACUGCGCGUGCGGCCGCACACGACCAUCGGGAAGAUCAUGCGCGGAUAUGCAGCGACGAGAAACAUCGACGAAGGGAAGACUCCGUGGCUGAUCUUUGACGGUGAGCGGUUGGAGCCCGAGAUGACGGUCGACGAGGUCGGGUUCGAGGACGAGGAGCAAGUUGAGGUUAGCGUUCGCUAG